GGGAGUUCUCUACAAAAGCCUCUUUGCAGCUGCUUCACUAGCUCCAGUGGGCACUGCAAAGGGAGUUGAGGAAAGAUAUUGCACAGCCAGCUCUCUGCAGCUUUGGACGGCACACUCAUUCCCGGUCAGCGAUGAUGUCCGGAUGGAAUUUCUAUGCCACCCUCUCUGGGAUGUUCCUCAUCAUCCAAGGUUUCCCACACACCAAUAUCAAGAUCAGCCAAGCUUUGGCAGAGCCGAUCCUGUCCUAUUCUUGUCCUCUCUUCUGGACCGAAUACGAAGGAUACUGUUACCGAUACUUUCCCAUCAAUAAGACGUGGGCAGAAGCUGACUUGUAUUGUGCGGAGUUUUCUAUUGGCCUCAAAUCGGCCAAAUUAGCAUCCAUUCACAGCUGGGAAGAGAACGUAUUUGUGUAUGACCUGGUAAACAGCCGAGUGCCUGGAAUACCCACUGAUAUCUGGAUGGGGCUUAAUGAUCUAAGGCAGGAAAGCAAUUUUGAAUGGACCGAUGGCUCCUCAUAUGACUAUAACUACUGGGAUGGCAAUCAGCCAGAUGAUGGGAUUCACUCUAAACCAGAAGAUGAAGACUGCGUGCAGAUCUGGUACAGAUACAGCAGUGCUUUACGGUCUUGGAAUGAUAAUAGCUGUAACAGAGAAUUCCCAUUCGUGUGUAAGAUUCCAUCCCUGGCAGCUGAUUAGCUGUUUUUCUCCCCC